GUUUCACACCAACAUCUACGCACAUGCAUGCCUGCAGUUACUUCGUGUGAAACAGGUUAAAGAUGACCCCUGGAGGAAAUGCUGCUUUUCUUCGCUUAUUAUCUAUCGUGUUGUUGUCGUGGAGAAUCUGUCAUGGAGGGAAGAUUUUGAUCGUUCCUUUGGAGGGAAGCCACUGGGUGAACAUGGACAUCAUGAUCAAAGCUCUCCACUCUCGAGGACACUCUGUCGAUGUGGUACGGACCAAUAAAAGCUGGUACAUCAAGGAUGACUCUCCGCACUACAAAACAAUCACAAUUCCUGUCACUGAAGCCUUCAAUCAUGACUUCAUUAACCCAAUCCUGAAAAAAAUCAUUGUCAUAGAGAGAGGAGAGAGCUCAGUUUUGAGUUUUGCAAGUUUGCAGGCUGAGAUGUUUAGUGCCAUGUUUAACAUGCAUAGAAUAAUGUGCAAAAUGGCUGCUAACAUGUUUGAAGAUAAAGAUUUAAUGAAUAGUUUAAAGGAGAGGAAGUAUGACCUGGUCCUGACUGACCCAGCAUGGGGUGCAGGUAUAAUGUUGGCUCAUGCUCUUAAGCUGCCUCUGGUCUAUAAUGUGCGGUGGACAACUAGCGGAGAGGGACAUAUGGCCAUUGCACCUUCUCCUUCAUCUUAUAUCCCUGUGACCGGCUCAGGACUGUCAGACAAAAUGACUUUCAUACAAAGAGUGAAAAAUGUAAUUUUCUCUGUCAUUUGGCGAGCUCAGAAUGAAUUUUUAAUCCGCCCACAGUAUCAAGCUGUGUGUGAUCGGUUCUUUGGCCCAGAAGUCAGAUAUAGUGACUUAUUACAGGGAGCAGACAUUUGGCUGAUGAGAGUGGACUUUGUGUUUGAGUUCCCUCGCCCCACCAUGCCUAACGUCGUCUAUAUAGGGGGGUUCCAGUGUAAACCUGCAAAACCUCUUCCUGAACACCUGGAGGAGUUCAUGCAGAGUUCUGGAGAGCAUGGAGUUAUCCUGAUGUCUCUGGGGACUUUUGUGAGUGAACUUCCUGCUGACUUAACAAACUUCAUUGCUGCAGCUUUUGCUGAAUUACCACAGAAAGUCAUCUGGAGACAUAAAGGUGACAGACCGGCCAGUGUGGGCAACAACACUUUAAUAGUAGACUGGAUGCCACAGAAUGACCUUUUAGGACAUCCCAAGAUGAAACUAUUUGUGGCUCAUGGAGGAACAAAUGGAAUUCAAGAAGCUAUUUAUCACGGAGUCCCAGUUGUGGGUCUACCAAUGUUUUUAGACCAAUACGACAACCUGCUGCGUCUUCAAGAGAGAGGAGCUGCUAAGAUUCUUACAUUAUCCAUGGUGGACAAAGACAACAACUUCCUGAGGGUCAUACAGGAAGUCCUGAAUGAGCCCUCCUACACAGUGAACAUGCAGAGACUCUCCAGGCUGCACAGAGAUCAGCCAAUAACACCACUGGAGAACGCCCUCUUCUGGAUAGAGUUUGUCAUAAGACACAAAGGAGCAGCUCACCUGAGAACUGAGUCCUACAGACUGCCCUGGUACUCCUACCACUCUGUUGAUGUGAUUCUGUCUUUUGUGGCGAUUACUUUUCUCCCUCUUGUAUUUUUCAGAUUUGCAUGUCUUGAGAAAUGCUUGAAAAGAAAAAUAAAAAAUGACUAA